AUGUCUACCCUCCCGGCUCCCCAAGUGCCUCUUCAGAUUGAAUGGCAACCAGCAGCCUUAGAAUUCCAAGAGGGUCAGACACAGUUAAUCCACAAGCCCAGGACGGACUUCUUUGUGGAGUUGCAGCGCUACCUCAAGCACAGCCUGCAACAGGAAGUCAUCAAGGCCGGCAAUGCGCUAGCCUUGGUGCAAGAAAGACAAGAAGCUGAGGCAGACCUGCUCAGGGAUGCCUCCGGCUACAUGCGAGAACAGGUAUCCUCAGUCCAGGCUCAGCUUCAGAGCUAUGCCCAGAAAGAUGACUUAGGAAUGGAUGAGAUGGAGGAUGUUCAGUGGACAAGCCCGGCCAUGCCUUCCAACUUUCUGGAGGAAAUCCAGAGAGCAAUCAAUGAGGGAAGGCUCUCCAUCGCCAGGAUGCCCACACCAGCACCUGUCCCCAACCCCGCACCUCCGCAGAACUCCAGGGCCUUGUCCAGAGUGGCCAUGAGAAUCUUCCACCAAAGGGUGAACCACUUUGCAGCGUGUCUCGUCAGGAGAAGACGACUACUACUCCCAGACACCGGUCAGGAGUGGUCCCUCUGGGCUCCCUCCAGCCUGGGUUCGCCAGGGGUUGUCCCCGGAAUCUCACAGAGGCUCACCACCCCUGGUGUCACCUAG